ACAGCUCGUCCUUGUUUGGCCUCAGCUGCAUCAGAGCGCCACUUCUCCCCAGGUUCACCAGAGGAAACACCACUGCACAAAAUGCUUUUCCUCCCAGCUGCUGCUCUGUGCUGUCUGUGUUCAGCGCUGGUUGCCAUGGCAGCAGAGCUGAGUCAGGAUCAUUUAACAUUGACCAGGAGAGUUGGUCAAACCGUCUCCUUCAGCUGUGGAGGAACUCACCAGUGUGACCAUCCUUAUGUAUUCUGGUACCAGAAGAAAGACACAGAAACAUUCAGACUGAUUCUUGAUAUUGAUAGGAGUAAUGGUAACAUAGAUAAAAGUUACAAUCAUCCUCAGAAAGAUGAUUUCUCAGCUGUGAAUAAAGAGAACGGCUGGGAGUUGCAGAUCAAGACAGUUAAACUCAGUCAUUCAGCCACCUACUACUGCUCCUGUUAUAAGUCUGGAGGUUGGUACCUCAUCUUUGGCUCUGGAACUAAACUGUAUGUAACAGAUGAGCAGAUAGUGAAGCCCGUGGUGAGGGUGUACCCAGCAGCAUCCAGAGCCCACCUGGAGGGGAAGAGCUCCCUGCUGUGUGUGGCCUCAGACAUGUUUCCUCCUCUGGUCCGGUUCUCCUGGAAAAGACAAAAGGACAGUGGUACUGAGGAAGACGUGACCUCUGCUGACAAAAAGCAGCUGAAGCUCAAACAGUCGGGAUGUACAGCCACCAUCUUGCUGAUCCCUCAGCGAGAGAGCAGCACAUAUAGAUACCGCUGCUUCGUCCAUCACGAGGGGGCCACAGUGGAGGCCCAAAUAAAACAAGAGGUUUCUACUCUUCCGCCACCUACAACUUCACCAUCACCUUCACCGUCACUUCCACCAUCACUGCCACCAUCACUUAUUCCAUCGUCUCCAACAUCACCUCCACCAUCACUUAUUCCAGCGCCUCCAGCUUCUGCCCCGUCUCAGUACCAGGUGAAGCUGCUCUGUCUGAUGUACACAGUGCUAAUAGUGAAGAGUCUGGUGUACUGCUGUGGACUCUCUCUGCUGAUGAUCCUCAGAAACAAGGGACCGUCCACCAACUGCACACAUGCUGACUGACUGUUUUCUGCUCUCCUUUUCUCUCCGUCAAAUCCCAUCAAUUCAUCUCAUUUAUCACUUUGAUCAGCAGCCGGAAAUAUCAAUUUAGAUUUUAAUUGGGAAACCAAUCUUUUUAUAAACAGGUUUGAUAAAGUGCCUCAAAAAAUCUAAAUACAUACACAUACACAUACAUAUUUGCAGUUAGUGAGUGUAAAUUAUGUGCUACUUUAGCGUUAGCUUAGCUUAGUUUAGCUCUAGUUUAUUUCCACUUUUUUAAUUGUGACUCGUAUAAUCAUAGAAAAGCUGAAUCAUUACCUGUCUGCUAGAUAUUUACUGUUUAUAUUUUCUAUGUUCUUAUUUUCUGUUUUUGUAUUUGUGAAUUUCAGUUUGGCUUCAUAGAAAAAAAUUAGAAACACAAUAAGUGUCAUUGGCUUUAGUGCUGAGGCCCUUUUAUAAUUGUGUCAGUGUGGAUGUAAAACUCUACGCUGACGACACUGUUAUUUCCACACAUGAACAAACAGCAGAGCGAGCUGCUUUGAAGCUACAACUGCUAUAAAAUGAUGAUACAGUGGCUUGAUCAGUUGGACUGAAGUUUGAAUGUUGGCUAAAUGAUGGUUGUGUUUAUUUUUGACAAACCAAUAAAAUGCGACUUAAUUCUAA